UAGACGCGCGGCGGCGCGCGAGAGCCGCUCAGUCUGCGUCCGACCGCCGCCAAUGUCGUGUCGUCCGCCAGCGCCGCUGUCUCGUGAUCGCUCGGUUACGCCGUCGCCGCCGGUCCAUCCGCGACGAGAAAAGCCCUACUCAGUUGAAGUUCAGUCAGUGCGAGCCGUGGACAGUGACUCGUUCGUUAUUUUGUCGUAAUCCGAGUGAGCCACUCGUGUGCGGGCACACUUAUACAUACGGAUAUAUACACGGCCGUGUGCCUACGAUACAUCUAUCCGCAUCUACGUGCAUAUAGCAGUCGCGCGCGGCUGCAUCGUUCUCGGGUUUGUUGUUGUUGCGGGGCUCUCUGUUAUCGCGCCCCUUCGACUCUUUAUCAAGAGAAGUGAGAAAGAGAGAGAGAGAGAGAGUGCGAGCCAUCGGAAUAGGCAGUGCAGACGGGCAGAGAGAGAGAGAGAAGAAACAUCAGUGCCAAGCUCGUCGUAUAUACUGUGUGUCGCCUGUAUAGAGUGUAUAGAGAGAGAGCGAGAGGAUGGGAGCUGCGCAGCUGCACCGGCACUGCACUUCUUUUUAAAGGCUGGUGUCAUGCAAUCGCCACCACUGACAGUGGCAAUGGCAUCGAGUUCGACCGUGGACUGAUCGACGACUGAUCGACGUCGGCGAUAGGUCUCGUCCCUCAUCGCAGAAGCAUUACCGUCAUCGUCAUCAGCAUCAUCAUCAUCGUCGUCGUCGUCGUCGUGCUGCUGGUGCUCGAGAGUCGCGAGCAAAGCAACCAACACUGCCAAAAUACAAUCACUCCGCUGUGAUCCACUGUCGAAUCUCUUCAGCAGCCAACACACAAUACAAUCAGCAGUCGUACCAAGCAACGAGUUACCAAACCGCCGCACACGGGCGAAUUCCAAAACUAUAGAGAAACCGAUAGCACAUACAGUCUUGUGUCGGCGAGCAUGAUAGCUCCCAGCAGCAGAAGCAGCAGGUACCCGUUUGGCUGCAGUCACCUCGAGCGUCGAGCGGCUCCUCCCUCGCUGCAGGGAACCGCGGGAGUCUAACGCCGCUUCACCCUUGACCACGAGGGUCGACGGACAGGGAGCGAUACAAAGAGUGCGCGCGCCAGAGGAGAAGAAAGAGUGCGAGAGACCGAGAGAGAAAGAGAGAAGAAAAGAGGGAAGACAGGUGGGUGUGUCGCUUGGGGCGGCGAAGCCAGUUACGCGGUGUGGACAUGAUUAUUUCAAAGGAUCUGUUCCUGCUCGGCGACCAAGACUACCUGCGCCUGCCCAGCAACGAGAAGCGCCAGCAGCGGGCAAUGGGACGGCCGAUCAUCAAUGCUCCCAGAGUGGAAAGUUCAGCGCUACAACUGGUGUGUCCGCUGGAUUCUCGUCCGGUGCAAUUGGUCUUCCGAAACCUGCAAGUUGUCAAGGACAAGCGAUCCCUCCUCCGAGAUGUUUCCGGCGUCGUCAAGCCGGGCGAACUUCUGGCCGUCAUGGGCCCCUCAGGCUGCGGCAAAUCCACACUGUUAAACUGCCUGUCCGGACGAAUCGGCCUGGACGGCGGUGAGAUUUGGCUGAACCGGGAGAGGCUCACAAAGAGAUGGCGGCGAAGGAUCUGCUACGUUCAACAGCAGGAUGUCUUCUUCCCCGAUCUCACCCUCCGACAGACACUAGAGUACCAGGCGCGCCUCAGGCUUCCGGAUACACUUUCUCAUUCGCAGAAGAUGCAGUGCGUGGAUCAUAUCAUCGAGGUUCUCGACCUCGGGGCCUGCCAGGACACCAUCGUCGGUGACUACACGAAGCGAGGACUUUCUGGAGGCGAGAAGAAGAGGACGAGUAUAGCCUGCGAAUUGCUUACGAAUCCUUCGUUAAUGCUCUUGGAUGAGCCAACGAGCGGGCUGGACUCGCAUUCGGCCCAGGCGCUGAUAUCCCGACUGAAGAAGUACGCCGAGCAGGAGGGCAAGAGCAUCGUGGUGACGGUGCACCAGCCGAGCUCCCGCAUGUUCCACAGCUUCAACAAACUCCUGCUGUUGAGCAGAGGCCAGGUAGCCUACUACGGCUCGACCGCCAACAUCGGCAGGUUCUUCUCCACCAUCGGCCUCACCCUACUGCCGCACUAUAAUCCCGCCGACCUCAUACUGGAGCAGAUCAAGGGCCCGGAGGAGGUGAGGGAGCGCAUCGUGGCCGCGGCCCGGGCUGCAAGACAGGGACCUGACUGCCCGCCGGAACUGCGCCCGGAGUUCAAUCCCAGCCAACAUCCGCUCUGCGACCAUCUCAUCCAUUAUCACGAGCACCACAUUACCCACAAUGCCAAGGAGGACGAGGGACGCACACUCUGGCUGGACACGCAGAGCCACGCCAGCAGCAACGCCAGCUCAGCCGACGACGACUACAGCUGGCAGUGGCCAACGAGCUUCUGGUCUCAGUUCAAAGUAUUAUCGGAGAGGAAUUUCCAAGAGGCGAGACCACGAAUGCUCUCGCGCCUCAACUGGCUGCAGACGAUAGCGUUAGGUCUGCUGGCCGGUCUACUCUGGUUCAGACUGCCCCGCACAGAGGCAGCUCUCCACGACAUUCAGGGCUGGAUGUUCUUCAGCACGACUUACUGGAUGCUCUUCGCGCACUUCGGCGCUCUGUCGAGCUUUCCGCCGGAACGGGAGGUCAUCAAUAAGGAACGGUUGUCGGGCUCGUAUCGUCUUUCGGCCUACUACCUCGCAAAGAUGGUCGGCGAGCUGCCGUUGACGAUCACCCUUCCUGCGGUCUACCACAUAAUCAGUUAUCCCAUGCUCGGCUUUCACAGCCUGGCCGUUUUCGUCACGUUACUGGCGUUUCUACUUCUCAACACAAUAGUCGCCCAGAGCGUCGGUUUCUUUGUGGGCGCCUGCUGCCUGGAUCUGCAGGUGAGCAUCACCGCCUCGGCGCUAUACACGCUGGCGACGCAACUACUGGGCGGCUACCUGGCCACGGCGGUGCCGCCCUGGCUCGCUUGGGCCCGAUACGCCAGCAUGGUGCACUACGCUUACCAGAACAUGCAGAUACUCGAAUUCGGCGUCGGCGAACCCAUCACGUGUUCGCAGCCGAGCAAGUUCGCCGAGUGCAAGAACGGCACGACGAUACCAGUGACGGCGAUCCUGGAGAGUCAGGGUGGUGCCAAGGGCUACGGACUGCCGCUCUGGGCCAACACGGCCGUGCUUCUCGCCUUCCUUGUCGUCUUCAGAACGAUGGGCUACCUCGUGCUGCGCUACUAUCGCGUGCCCAAGUGAACGAGCGGCACCGAACCACUGCCACUACGAUCAUCACGAAUCGGGACGAAUGAGAGCGAUUGCGAGCGCGAGUGUGUGAGCGAGCGAGCGAGUUUUAGGGCGCGAUUAUGCGGAGGAAGAAUCACCACGACCACGUAGUAUGCAAUUUUUUACACUCACGAGAGAUGAACACACAUACACACACAUACACACGAUUAAUUUUGUCCACGGAUCUUUAUUUUCUAUUUGCUACCUUUUAUUGUUAAUUAUUUUUUUUUCUGAUUAUUAUUAUUAUCAUCAUCAUUACUAUUAUUACCGAUUAUCGUUAUUAUUACGUCUAUAUGGUUUUAUUAUUAUAUUAUUAUAGCUAUUAUUAUUAUCAUUAUUAUUAUUAUUAUUAUUAUUAUUGCCUACACUUUAUUAUCACGCUCAUUAUUAUAUAAUUUUAUUGUUAUUAGCAAAAAGCGCCGUCGCGAGCGUAUUCGACGCGUGAGUCGUUCAAACUCCUCGAACCCUCUGCGAGACAUAUUUGUGAAUUUUCACGAGUAUUGAGAAAUUGACGAUUUACGCACACGGUGUGGACGGAAUGUAAGGUCGAUUAGCGGGGCGAAGCGUGGACGACUCACGUGGCCGCUCAAUCGACAGCGUGCCACCGCGAAUUUGUAUAGCAAUACAGUGUUAAGCGAGACUAAGAGACUAGGCGGAGAAGACUAUAUUGUAAAAUUUUUUUACGAGAGAACGUGAGAGAUGACGAGAAAAUGCGAUGGAGCCAUGCGCGACAGUGUGAAAACAAGUGUUUAGACACGAGAGUGAAUGCGAUUCGGGUGUGAAAGCGUUAAGAUACAAAAAGUUCGAAAGAGCGCGAGUGUACUGUUGCAUUUUAAAUUUGAGGUGCGUCACUUUCACCGAUUUUUUUAUAGCGCAGGAUCUUCAAAAGCGUGUGUUAAAACACUUUAUGAAUAAAAGACUUUAAUGCUACGACUCCUGAGGACGAUUUUAAUAUCGCCGGAGCCUUUAUGGCGCAAAAGCGUUUAUAAAAUGUUGAAAAUAUAUAAAAAUAAUGACGACAAGCAAUUCUGCGCACAAGCGAAAAAUGUUGCAAGCGGAGUCUGAGAGUGAAACGCCUCGAAUCAGAAAUCCGAUAGUGAUAUAAGUGAUAUACGAUUUUAUUUUGUAAGAUUCAUUUAAUUGUCUUUUCUCAUUAUAUGCGGCAAGAAGGGUACGCGAGAGAUACGAUUCGAAAUCAGCACUCGACGACUAACUGCCGGAUUAAAUCGACUGAGGAUUUUUUCAAUGUAACCCAAAACCCUAGGUUAGGCAAAGAUUUAAGGUUAAACAAAAAUGACAACAACAAGCGUAUACAUGUUCAUUUUGUUUUUUUAUUAGUAAUUUUACAUGUUAAAAGAAUCGCGAGUAGUUGUCACUUGAACUUACACAUACACAUAUAUAUAUACAUUACGAUAAAUAUAUAUGAAAAAUAAAAAAUACAUGCAUACACAACUGUUUCGUGAGCGCGGAAAGACGAAGUAAGAAGAUUUGACGAAGAAAUGAGAAAAAAGUAGGAUGAACGCUAAUACUGCCAUUUACAAUUUAGGAAAAUUGCGUUAGGACGUGUACGUGUAUAGAAGUACGAGAGAAGCAUAGAAGAAGCUGAAAAACCAAGUAUUCUCUUGCGUAAUGGGCGAUAGCGAAGCUUCUACGAUGACAUUCGAAUGUUCAAGAUUUAUUAGAAAUAACAAAAAGAAAAUAAAGAUACUGCCAAAAGAAUUUCGUCGUAGACAGACUCCCCAAUCGUUAUGAAACAAGGAUGAAUGUGCGAAGAGAAGAAUGACGAACAAACAGAUGAGCCCAAUUUACUUGCAACUACACGUACACGUACUUUGUACAUUAUUAGAUUAUUCAUUAUCAAAUAUACCUUUAUAUGCGUGUUACAGGCCGUACGAAAGGCGUAUGUUUUUGUCGCUCAGACGUAUAACGACGACGAAUGUUGACCGAUUAGCAAAAAGAAUAAUAAUUAAAAAUUAAUAAAAAUAAUGAUAAACGUGUACGCGGUGAAGAAGGAAAAUGAAUAAUGGAAGAGACAGGUAUUAGCCAGGAUGAGUUGGAGGCAUGUGUCGUAGGCGCGUUUGUUAAAACUCCCCGGGAGGUAAAUUGUAUGUGAUUCGCUACGUAUAGUUUACGAUUCGAUCAAAUAACGCAGCAUUCAAAUGCUAUUAAAAAUAGCAACUUAAAUUUAAUUUGUACAUUUUUAAAUUCCUCAAUUGCUGUGAUGUAACUUUUAUAAUAAAAACUCCAAUGCUUCGGAACUUUCGUGAUCUGGUUUUUGAUUUGAGAAAUCUUUUUAUAACAGUGAGUAUAUAACUCUAAGAAUAAUAAAACAAUGAGUUGCUUACCGUUUGAAAGUAAAUUAUUGUGGAUAAUUGCAUAUGAUUUUUUCCGGGUCCUUUCCUCUCCCGAAUUACGGCAGAGUCAAAGGAUGAAAAGAGAAUCGAUGUUUGUUACAUAAGAUAGAUAGUUGUACUAUUGCAAUUAUUUAACGAAAGUUGUAUCAAUCGCAGUUGAUUAAUGCUGUAUUUCAAGAUGGAGAGCGAGAUCGAUUAUAUCGCCCGCAUGGACGUUUGUGGCAGAUGGACUUCAGUUUUAUAUUCAAACAUAUCCUUUGACUUCAUGCGUUGUUACUUUUGCUUUUCCAUCAAUUUCUACGAACUUGUUUUUAAUUUAUAAAAUGUAUAAAAAAUAUAUAUUAAUGAUGAAUGAGAGAAGGUAGUCCACACUACUCGAAGAAAGAGAAUGGAAAAACAAAAUUAUUACUACAUGAUUGUUUAAUCUUACCGUUAUUAAUAAAAAAAAAAUUAGGAAAAUUUGUUAUCCUUCUAAUUGUAGACAAAAAAUUUAGACUAAGUAUUUAUCAUGGGGUAAAGGAUGUUUCUGAAUUAUGAGAUUGAAGUUAAUCUUACGUUAUCUAUAAUUGAUAGAUCCACCAAGUGUUCAAUGGAGUACGAAGUGACGAGAAAGGAGAGAAGUUUUAAACAUAAAGAAAACUUCUCGAUAUGCUUAGUGGGAGGCAAAAGAUGAAAAAGGAAAAUAAAGAAAGAACAGAUAGAUGAUGUGUAUAAUACAAAGUAUGUACAUCUGUAUAACGUAAUAACGCUAUAACGUCUAACGUUUAAGAAAAAGUCCAUCAUAAAGAAUGAAGAGGGAGAGAACCAUCGCGAGUAGACAAGUGUUUUUUAACAAAGAUUUGGCUGUGUUAAGGUCGUAAAUACUAUUGAUUUUUAUCACUUUUUUUUACUUAAAUAUUUAGAAAAGGCAAAGAAUAAUAUGAAUAGUGCGAAAGUUGAAAAAAUAAAUAAUAAUAUAUGUUGCGUCCGAAAGCGAGUGUGAGAGAACCGUAAGAGUGUGUGAUUAUAGAAAGGGAACGAACAGGAGAGCGAGAAUCAUUGCAGGGAUUAAGAGGGAAAUGCAUUUCUUUUUUAAAUAAUAAACGAACGGUCAAGGAACAUAAAAUAAUUCAAGGGUUUACAAUAAAGCAGGCGAAUGACAGAGAGCAAAUUAAACCGCUGAUAAAAACUGAGCAACACCGUAUACACGAUUAAAUUAAAAAAAGACUAAAGACGCGCGAGAACGAUCGGCAUUCGUUCGGCGAAGCUAGUAAGACGUGUGCUCCUAAAGCUUUUUUACUAUGUAGGAAGAAAUAAUGAAUGUCAAUUUUUUAAUUCUUUACCCAUAGAAAAACUAAACACGCGUGAGGAGCUAUUAUACUUCGACGAAACUUAGCAAAACCUUUUCUAAUUUCUUAUACGAGUAAAGUAACCAAUAUUCAUACAAUAUACAACUGCGUAAAUUAAAAAUAAGGAUAAACAAUGUAACAGACAAACAGAAGAAGAAAAAUAAGAUACAACAACCGAGUAGGAAUGAAUACGUGACAGCAUUAUAUACACAAAAUCAUACAUACACCGAUUCAUCCUUCACGCGACAUCUUUGACUUCGUACAUCCUGCAUCAAACUAAACUUUAAAAAAAGAGAAAAAAUAAAAAAAAAACAAAAAAAAUAUAGACAGAUCUUGUCUCUCGGUCCGAACCGAAAACGCAACAGUGCGUCGACUACGACGCGUUGAUGACUGCAGCGCGGAGUACGAGACGAAGGGUUUGAAAAAAUGGACUGCCACGCGACAUAAAAGCGGUUUUUCUCCUAUAAAAAGUGAAGUUUUGAUAUUUGCGUCUUGCGCGUUUGUACGUUUUUACAGACUUUUGCAGCCAAACUUUUACACUACGAGAGAUUUACUAAUCUAGAAUUUUCGAUUUCGAUGGUCCGUCGUGUCAGGACAAACACACACUUUAAUCGUAUACUCAUCGACUCGAUCGGUCCGAUGCGUCCCUUGUCGAACGAAUAACGCAGUUCGUCAAGGGGCAGCAGCGACGUUUACGAAUCUAAUUAACUCAUCGGAAAGGACAUUUGAUACAAACACUCACACUUCAACUCAAGCUGAUACAUUUUUUUCGGAAAAGUGAUCACGUUGAUACUUAAGGGAAUUCUGUCAUUCAAUUUGCUCGGGAAAGUCGCGAGAGCGCGUUCUAUCGUGGUAUCGAAUGAUUAUUAGAGAUCGUCGCGGCAAGUUCAAUGACAGAAUUCUAAAAUACUUAGUGGACCAGGUAAAUUCAAGAACCAGAAAACCAUGAACUGGAAAGACUAUUAUAAUCGUAUUAUAAAGAAAAGAAAACUCGCGCAGACUGCGGGGGCGUACAUUUGGAGAAAUUACGUUGACGUUGUCUCGCACUCUGCAAGUCCGUAUAAUAUAUAGACAUACAAUGUCAUUAUUGAGGGAAGGUCGAGGGAAGGAUCGAUGGAAGUUCGCGCAAGUGAAAGGGAAUCCUCGUAGUAGGCUUUUACACGAUUCUUCAAUAGAGAAGGGCAUAACACGAUUAAAGCUAUAAUAAAAAAAAACAGUAGUCUCACCCGAAGCUGUCACACACGUAGACGGGAUGAGAGAGAAAUCGCAUGCUUCCUGUUUAGAAAACCAAUGAUACACAGAAUACAGAUUGUAAACGAUAACUGUAUCUUUAUUACGGAAAAUCUUGUUGAUUGUGCCAAUCCGAAUUAGAGAUGAUGAGGGAGAGGGAGAAAGAAAGAACGCGAAAGAUUGAGAGCGUGGAAUGUGUACAGGGGGAGAAUAUUUUUUCUUAACGACCAUUGUGCGUGUAUGUGAAACGACGACAAGUGUAAAAUUUAUAUACGAAAUAAGUACUAUACGUUAAACAUUAAUAAAUUAUGCAUGCGUACAUUCUUUAUUGUUUUACAGUUAUAAGAGAGAGAGAGAGAGAGAGAGAGAGAGAGAGAGAGAGAGAGAGAGAGAGAGAGAGAGAGAGAGAGAGAGAAAGAAAUGUAAACUUCAUUUGAUAUACUCAUUAAAGUUUUUAUAUUGAAAAAAAGGUAAUCAAUCUAUUAGUGUGUAUUUAAUAAUCGAUUUAAUAUGGUAUCGCAAUCAAUCGACAUUUAGUCCUUUCAACUAAUCGCUAUAACUGUGCAAGAAAAUCGAAUGAUCAAACUACCGAUAUAAUCUGUCUAUGUGUGUACGUGUCAUGAACAAUCUUAUAGAAACUCUGUAAUACGAAAACCGAAUAUGAAAAUUUCUCCCCGUGUACAUAAGCAUCCGAAAGCGAAAAAAAGUAAAAUAAAGUGUAAUGCGCUUGAGCUCAGAGACGAUACCGGAAAUCGAGUAUAUGUAUAAGAAGAAGGACGCGAGAGCGAUGGGUUUAAGUAGUUAGUGAAAUUUAAAGAAAAAAGAAAGAAAGUUGAACGCGAGAAUAUAUUGAAAGCAAGUAAUAAGAAGUAAAGUAAACAAAAUGUACAUAUCGCAUGAUGCGACGAGAAAAGCGAGUGCGAUGCGGACUGUGUCGAUGUACCGUUGCGGAAACGAGCGCUGCAUCUCCUGUGUAACAGCAUCAGCACUGACACCGUGAUCGAAGCGUCGAAUUCCUUCGUUUGUUUUUCUUUUUGUUUUUCGUCAACGCGUCCUGGAGCAAACCUCUCCGUAUAGGUACUUUGUACGCGUAUACGUAUUUAAAAUAUAGUAUGCGAUGAGGAGAUGUUUUCUCCAGGAACGAGCGUAUACAUUAUCCACGUAUAUACAUAAAACACAUAUGCAUAUACACAUAUACUUAUGGGCGUCAUGGAGCUAUUUAUUAUUUAUUUCUCGAACCGCCUAUAUAAAGAUCAACUUUUUUUUCUUCUUUUUAUAUACAUAAAUAUAUAUCUAUACAUACAUGCAUAAACGCGCUUAUUGCAUCUGCACUCUAUUGUGUCUUCUUACUUUUUCUUCUUCGUGUAUAAUUUAUGCGUCGAAUGUAUUUAUAUAUCUUUUAUCUUUCUGACUUUUGAUUCCGAGGAAAGUGUUUGUAUAAAGGACUAUUCUUUCUCUUUUUUGUAUGUCGUUUGUAUAAGAAUUAACUCUCCCCGAGAUAAGCGGAGAAACGCUCGAUUUUCUUUGUAUAAAAAUCUUUUUCCGUAACUGCCUUGUAUAAAACCAUUCGAAUAAAAACAAUACUAUCUUAUACUUCAGCCAGAAAUUUGACAAAAUUUUAUCCAUCCCCGAGAUUCAUAUAAAAAUCUUCUAUCCUUGAAAAGAACCAAUAUAAUUAAGACUGAUGCAUCUGUUUUUAACACUUUUAUUUGUUUAUACAUAACUAUAUACUAAAACUAUUGAUAAUUGCUGAACAAUUGUCUAGAAUAUUUUUAUUUUUCAUUUUUCGUUUUUGAUCAGUUAAGAACAAAGUAUUUUAAAGAACGAUAACGAAUGAAUUCCAGCCGCUUGUUUCUCGUCGCAAAAAUUAUCUAAAUCGUAUAAAUACACGAUACAGAAUGGAAUAAUAUAUACUUACAUAGGAAGACUGCAUUAUAGGAAUAUUGCAUAUGGAUGCCAAAAGGUAUAAGUGCGUAUUCUCUCGGCCGCAUCCCGAGGCGGACUUUAUAAAAUAUUCGUAUAAAUAAUAGACGAAAAAUAAAUACGCAAUGCGAUAUUAACGGAGUAACCACACUGUCAGUGUUCAUGAAGUUGCUAACAUAGUUCAAGGAAUUCUUCUCGACACCCGCUGCAUUACGAUGGCACACGCAUGUAUGCACAUAAUAAUUAUUUAAUAUGAUCAAGUGAUAACGUUUGUAAUGAUUACCGAAAACGCGAUAUACGAACGAGUAUGUCAAGUGAUCAAAUUCUCAUCUAAUUAUAUCUCGUAAACAAAGUGAACGGAAUCAUGGGCUUCAAUCACGCGUUAAAUUCUUCUCGCAAAUCCUCAAUUGUUCCUUUCCGCUCUAAGCCCUUCAUCAGCGGCGAUCAAUGUGCAUCAUGCAGCGCUCAACGCAAUGUAUGUAUUAGCGUUGAUUGAAAAAUGUCAUCACGAUUAUGUUGCCGACAUUUUUUUUUUAAUUGCAGCGAGCCUCGUUCGCGCGUCACUGCGUUUGCGAAAUGGCAAAAUUUAUGAUUGCUACACCUUGUAAAUAUAACACGAUAUAAUAGUAUACUACAUCGCAUAAGCAUUAACCAUCAGGAGCAAACAUUAAUGACGAACUAUAAUUACGCUACUAUUAUUUUUAUAUAAUUAUCUCAUUACUAUAUAAUGUAUUAUGAUGAUUUUUAUUAAAUGUAUAUACACACACACACACCGCGAUAUUAAUCGAUUAAAUGAUAGUAUUAUCCUGUUGUCUGUUUGGAAUUGAUAAGAACCCGACAGAUUUUGGACGUUUUACUUCAUUCUUUUCGCCGUUUUACUAUGCAUUUUUUAAAAUAAGCAUGCGAUACUAUUCCCAUAGUAUACUAUGAUACUGUUUGCUUAUUUGAUCGCGAGAUAAACUUUAAAUAUUAAUUACGAGCUCUUAUUUUGUGUCACGCACUAUAAUUUAAUGAUCCUUACUUCUACUAUCUCAUUACGAUCUGAUGAAAACUUAAUACGAUUUUUUAUAUAUUUACCAUAUUAAUCUUAUACAGUCAGUUAUAUUUUAUACGUUUGAACGGCAAUGAUUUUUUGUGGGGAAAAAGUUGUACACGAAAGAUGAGCACGAUUUAUUGUGCUUCUAUUAUAUAUAAUAUACUUCAACCGGUUCACUUUUAAGAACACACAGUUGAUAUCUUGUUACCAUCAUGUUGCAAAUCCUCUACCAGCGCAUACCACACGCACCAGUUCUUCAAUUCUUCAGGUCGAUUACUCAGAACUAUUUGCUACUAGAUUAAAAAAUAGCAAUAUAAUUUGGUUGAUCACUAUAUUUAAAAAAUCCCUAUAUCUUAAACUUACCGAUGCUGAACUAAAGAGCAGUUACCAAGCAGCGUAAGGUGCAAAUGUUAUCGAAACUAGUGGUAUAUUCGAAACUCAAGCUAAAUGCUUUUUUAAUCAAAUUUCCACAUUAUACUUUUGUGUAUAAUAUACCAGACAUUAUUUUGUGCGUAAUAGAAAAUUGUCAUCGUCAUGCCUACACAACACAUCAACCGAUUUUUCUGCGAUUUCGAAAGAAAAAAAACUGUAAAGUGAAUAAUAACUUAUACGAAUAAUAAUCUAAAACUGAAAAGGCUGAAACAAUUCGUACCGCAUCAAUGUGACUAUAGUAAUAAAUAACUCUCGUUCAUUUUUGCCAACUAUCGUGUAGAAACUUGCAUGUGUUAUAUACAUAUACACACAUUAUUAGCGUUUCUAAUACAAUAUUUUUUCCGAAAACUUGUAGAAUUUUUUGUAAUACAAAGCGAUGGGCAUGGAAUGUUUUUUGUACUGAACUUUUGUACUACUCGAUAUAUCUCAAAGUCGAUUUGACGCGAAAAUCGUUAAGUUGCGCAUCUACGUAAUAAUAAUAAAAUAAGCGAUGUCAAAAGAAAAACAAAGUAAUAAAAGCGAGUAUAUAACGUGAAGCAGAGAAGGAGAGAGAGAGAGAGAGAGAGAGAGAGAGAGAGAGAGAGAGAGAGAGAGAGAGAGAGCAAUGUAAGUUAUCGUCACCGCUGGCUGUGUUGUACAACUGUACAUACACAAUAAAAUAAUGAAGUAAUGUCCAUAGUC